AUGAAGCUCGCAAGCCUUCUGCCGGCCGUGGUCAGCUGCCUGGCUUUCAUUCCGUUCACGGUCAGGUCUACUCCGCCGGUACCUGCUGCCAUGCCCGAGAGUGUGGCAAGAGACGAGACAGGCGCCACACAGUAUCUCUGGGAAGCAGUGCAACGCUAUGUCUUGAUCAAACAGCUACCUUUUCAGUAUCAAGCUGUUCAGCCCGCCUGGUCGGAGUUCCUGCACACGGAAGCUGCUCUUAUCAUCGACGCCUACUAUAAGGCUGCGAGCUACGCCGGACGCGCCAAGUUUAUGGCGCUCACCAUGCCGGAAAGGAAGGUCACUCACUACUCCUCGCCUUACUGGCCGAUGCAUCGUCACACCGUCGCUUUGCGUCUCGUCAAGGCUUUUGCGGACAAGCAGCUCGCGGAGGCCGAACGACUGGCUGCCGAACGUAACGCAGAGCACCGCGAAUGGGGAAAGUCGCUGAGCCUAGGCUCGCCAUCGGAGCAUAGUUGA